AUCCUACAUUGCCUAUAUUGUCCUAACACUCUCAAUUAUAUAUGAUCACUAAUCUUAUCAUCCUCUUCUAAACCUCCCAUCCACAAAAAUUCCAAUGCCAAACGACGAUCGUCGGCAAUCGGAGUUACGAUCCUUCGACAACACCAAGGCCGGCGUAAAAGGCCUAGUGGACGGCGGCGCCUUUGUGAUUCCACAAAUCUUUGUCCAUCCGCCUCAUCAUCUUGAUGGAAUCACAGCAAAAUCUUGCUUAAGCCAACAAGUCCCCGUAAUUGACCUCGACGGGUUCAACAAAGAUCCCCAAAGACAUAAAGCUAUUCUCGAGGAGAUCUUGCGCGCAUCGCGGACAUGGGGAUUUUUUCAAGUGGUCAACCACGGUAUAUCCACGAGCACGCUUGAAGCCACGUUGGAUGGUGUCCGUAGAUUCCACGAGCAAGAUGUGGAGACUAAGAAGAAAUAUUACACUCGAGAUUAUACUAGGAAGAUGUUGUACAAUAGCAACCAUGAUUUGUACACCUCGCCCGCGGUGUGUUGGAGGGACUCGUUUAAUGUUAUCGUUGAACCCGGUCCACUAGAGCCCGAGGAACUACCGGAGGUGUGUAGGGACAUUUUGUCGAGAUAUUCGAAGGAAGUAAUAGAGCUCGGGACUAAUUUGUUCAAGUUGCUAUCCGAGGCUCUUGGACUCGAUCCAAACCAUCUCAUAGAUAUCGAUUGCGCACAAACUUUAGCACUCUUCGGGCACUAUUACCCGGCAUGUCCCGAGCCCGAACACACAUUAGGCACGAGGAAACAUUCCGACUAUAGUUUCUUGACAAUUCUUCUGCAAGACAACUUGGGAGGUCUCCAAGUGCAACACCAAGGCGAAUGGGUGAAUAUUGUCCCGUUGGCAGGAGCUUUAGUCGUUAACAUAGGCGAUCUUCUACAACUGGUAUCGAAUGACAAGUUAAGAAGUGUGGAGCAUCGUGUAGUUGUCAACCGCCGUGGUCCAAGGGUAUCAAUGGCGGCUUUCUUUGGGAGAGAUACCGUAGGAGUGAACUCAAGAUCCUACGGACCGAUUGGGGAGCUCUUGUCGGAAGAAAAUCCUCCAAAAUACCGCGCAACGACUAUUAGAGGAUACACAAGUUACUUUCACAAUAAGGGGGGUGAUGGCAUUUCGCCUUUAAAACAUCUUGAGCUUUAAAUAUGUAAGGGUGUGUUUUAUGGUUUCUGAAUAAUAAAAAAAUUGAAUUAAAAAAUAGUUGAAAACAAA